AUGGUUGCACCUACUUCUGUCUGCCUCUUGCUCGGCAACACCUCCGAUGUUAGCAGCAACGGCGCCAAGAUUCUUAGCGCUUCCACUUCCCAAGAGGUCGAAGCAAGUCGUCAAGGAAUGGUCCCUUCUUCCAUUGACCAACUUUCGGUUGUCGUUUCCGCUUCGGAUUUGGCCACACUCUACAAUCCCAUGGAAUUGGCCAACUGGGCCCCUUUGUUUCGGGAGAAUGCUUCUGUCUCAAUCAAAGUGAUGGGAGACGAUGCUGAUUUGACUCCCAUUCACACUUCUUUCCUUCUCGCUGGAUUGUCAGGAGCUUCCGAACAAAAGACUGCUGCUGGACGUACUUUGACGGCCACUCGCAAGGCCACUACCAUUGCCGCAGCUCCUUUGAAGCCAAAAAAUACAGUCACGAUUUCACUCGAUGACGGUGACGAAGACAUGAUUGACGAAGACGCCCUCUUGUCGGACGACUUGUUGGCACCUCCACCAGCAAUGGGCGCUCGCACAGCCACGGACGACUGUUCCGGUCGCAAGCCCUGUGACGACUGUACCUGUGGACGAGCAGAUGCCGAAAAGGCUACCUCUGGAGAAGUGAAGCAAGCGCCAAGUAGUUCGUGCGGCAAUUGUGCCUUGGGAGACGCCUUUCGUUGUGCGUCGUGCCCGUAUUUGGGAAAGCCUGCCUUCAAGGCGGGUGAAGAGCAUUUGGUGUUGGACCUGACCGAUGAUUUGUGA